AUGGCGAACUCUGUUCGCUACCGCAACGGUGAGCAGCGCAUCGUCGGUAUAAUCGGGGAUGAGGAUACAGUCACUGGGUUUCUUCUUGCUGGAGUCGGCGACAACCGAGUGAUGCUCAACCAAGGGGAGAACCCAGGCGAAGGGCAACGAAGGGGGUUUCCAGCAAAUUAUUAUGUCGUGAAUCCAUCGACUCCUUUAUCCGAGAUCGAAGAAGCAUUUACAACGAUGUGUGCGCGCAAGGAUAUCGGUAUCAUCAUCAUCUGUCAGCACAUCGCGAACGAUAUUCGCCAUCUUGUGGAAGAGCACAACAGUGUGAUUCCUUGCAUACUUGAGAUUCCAAGCAAGGGGCAAAAGUAUGACGCCGAGAAGGAUUUUGUGCUGGAAAAGAUCACUCGUGCGCUGGGUAUGCGGUAG